UGGCCAAACCCCUUCGCCGUGGCAAGAACUCAUUUUGAUCGGGGCCCUUUAAAUACAGCUGGUGGUGAGAGACCCACGUAAUGGCGGGGGACGUGAUACUGACUGGAGUCAUUUUACAACAGUGGUGCUAGUUCUUGGUGAACAUAAAGCAAGAGUUUCUGAGAUCUAAACGGGACGGACGGAUGGACAGACGGACAGACAGGCCACACAAAACUAAUAGCGUCUUUCCCCUUUCGGGAGCCGCUAAAAAAGUAAAUUACGAACAAAAUAGCAAAAUGGCUUACUUCUGCACCUGUGUCGCCAUCUUGAUUGGCUUAUUUGCUGGGGUGACUCCAGCAUUUCUGAAACCGACCAACGACCAGAGCCCUGGAACUAAUUCCACUGAAUAUUACUUAGAGAAAACAUUUGAUGGCCUGGACAAAGUGCUGCAGUUUUUUCUGAGAGAGUAUAGGGACGUAAAUCUAGAUGCCGUUAUUGGAACAAGAAUUGUUGAAGCUUCCCUGAAUAUGUUAUUACUUCAGUUGAACACAUCCAAUCUACUUGCACAGCUUCCGCAUAGCUUUGUACAUAACAUCAUACGCUUACGUAACAUGGCCAGAGAAUUCAGUGAGGAUGCUACGCCAUACAUCAAGCGUAAUGAUCCAGAGUACUAUCGACGAAUUGGUGAAACAAUAGCCAGAGGUUUGUUUGAUUUAAACUACGACAGCAGAGACGUGGUCACAACUCAAAAUAAAUUGUGGAAAAAGUCUUUCAACGAGAUAAUGAGUGAAGCGGACUCGGACUCUUGCCUGGGGGAAAUAUUCGGUGCCAGAGACGGCAUGCAGUGUGCAACGACAGACCAGUGUUGGACACUCAUGACUUCGUUUGGUUACAGUGCUUACUCUCUAACACACGAGAUCUUCUAUUUGGAAAUAGCUGAAGGUUUUGGUUGUAAGAAAGAAAUACAACGACAAAUUCUCAAUCAUCGACAACCUAACUUGAGAGAGCUACAGGACAUUUUCUGUGCCAACAUACUGGAUGAAGCCAACAUGAUAGCUGAGAAAGGCUUCCCCUCAAAUCAACGAGAUCUCUUUAUGGAACAAGCUGCUCUCUGUGGAAUGUUAGGAUUCAGACAAUUCUUCAAUAACGAUUGGUUGAUACACAUUCUUAGUUGGCAGGACGCAGAAGAAGGCUGCUACAAAUGGGACGCGUGGCAUCCAGAAAAUGCUCCAGAAACGAGUCAUGUCUCAAGAAGGAAAAGAGAAGAGAAGCGUAUCUUCAAAGGUUGCUUGUGUCACAGAUCAACUGUAGCUGCUGGAGUCAUGGCGCAAUAUGUUCGAUAUAUUUUGGAAGUCUGGAUUCAAGAAAAUUUGCAAUAAAACCUCUUCGACGUCUAACAUCCGCCCCUACUAACUAAACAAAGUUAAUAUUUGUGAAAUAAAACAUGUGCAAUUUUU